AUUUUGUUUGGCUAACCUUAAAGAUAUUCAGCAUCAUGAUGUCAGAAGUGGGGCAUUUACUUUGAGAACACCAGAACUGUUUGAUGAAGCCAUUAAUGUGCUUAACACAACUAAUGCCUCGUGUGUUCAUGGUUUGAAGAGAGACUGUCCUUUAAGCAGACUUGCCCACUUUCAUCCUGUAAAAGGUUUUCCACCUGAUUUUCUGCACGAUUUAUUGGAGGGAAUUGUACCUGUGGAACUAUGCAUAUGUCUUUCAGAUCUUAUUGCUAAAAAGUAUUUCACAUUGAAUGAUCUUAAUGAUAGAAUAGCAUCAUUUCCUUUUCAGUUUUCUGACAAAACUAACAGGCCUCAGACAAUACCAACAAACUUUUCAAAAAAAAGAACAAUUGGUGGCAACGGACACGAGAACUGGGCACUUCUGAGAUUUCUUCCACUGUUGAUUGGCCAUCAUGUUCCAGAGAGUGAAAAGACUUGGUCUGUGAUCCUUGAACUGAAAGACAUUGUGGAGGUGUUAUCAAGCCCCUCUUUCACAACAGAAACCCUGUGCUACCUACAAGCCAAAAUUUCUGACCACAGACAGUUGCUCUUAGAAUUAUUUCCUGGUACUAAAUUACGCCCUAAACAUCAUUAUCUUGAACAUUAUCCUGUUCUGAUUCAGAAAUUUGGACCAUUAAUUGAGUUCUGGACAAUACGAUUUGAGGCAAAACAUUCUUUUUUUAAAAGAAUGGUUCACAAUACUGGCAAUUUCAAAAAUAUUCUGCACACGUUGGCCACAAGACAUCAACUGAUGUUGUCAUAUUACUUGGAGAUGCCAACUAUUUUCAAGCCAAGCAUUGAGACUGGACGAGUAUCAGUUGUGUCUGUGGGCAUCCUAGAUGCUGCAAUCAGAGAGGCUGUAUGGAAUAAGUUUGAAGGUCUGGACUCUGUUUCACUCACCUCCAUUGCUUACUUGAAUGGGACAAAAUAUUCUAAAGGCAUGGUACUCUCAGUUGGACAGACGUGUGGACUGCCAGAUUUUGGGAGAGUAUUGGAGAUCUGUGUAGUGGAUGGUUACAUAUCAUUCAUUACUGAACUAUUCACAGCGACCUUCCAAGAGCAUUUCAGGUGUUACCAGCUUGCCAGAAGAGAUCCUGCAACAAUUGUGGUCAUUGAUCCGGACCGUCUGAAUGACUACAUUCCCCUUGCUGCAUACCCUGUUGAAGAAAAGCUGCUCGUCACUCCAAGGACAUUCAUGUUACAUUAAGUUCUUGGUAUCUCAUCAAUGAUGCUUCUCAGAGUCAUCGUCUCACCUCAGGAAAUAAGACGUGUCACCCUACAGGAGGUUCCCCCAUCAGUUGAUGAGCUAUGUGUAGUUCUGGGCAACACUCUGGGCCUCCGUGGGAAGUUCCUUUUACAGUUUGAAGAUCCAGACUUUGGGAAUGAGCUCUGCAAUUUGACAGACAUCAAGGACCUACCAACUGAACGAGCCACACUGAAAGUUCUGUUCACGUUUUCUGAACCAGUUUCUGACUCGACAUUAGAUACUGCAAGCCUUAGUUCCCAGAAUAGUGCAAGCCCCGAGCCCCCUAGUAGUGGUGAUUCUUCAGAAUGGCCUGAUCCCUUUGUUAUUUCAGAUUUCUCCCAUGACGUUGAGUUUCAGCUGAGGGUAGCAAAUGAUGCCUAUGCCAAGGAUGGAGCUGUGACGGUCAUCUCAAAGAGUGUGAAGAGUGAAAUACUGGACAGACUGGCUGAUAGCAUAACCAGAAUCACUUGCUAUCCAAGUAAAGACAAUUUAGAAAGCGUAGCCAAAGCUCUUGUUGCAAAGCAUCCUUGUCUCAGGGAGCCGGGUUCAGGUAAAGGAUGGUACUGCUGGAGAUUCAGCCUGAUAUUCAAGAUGGGCAAUUACCGUCAGAGGAUGAUGGCAGCUGGAUGCCCUGAAGUUCUUGUAAAUAAAAGAAAAAGACAGGGAAACACCAAGCCAGUCAAGAAGGCAAAAAAGGGAGAGAUCCACUACUUACCAGAGCCACCUGAUGGACAAACUACUGUUAAAUCAGAGAAGGAUCGUGAGACCAUGCUUUUGGAAGUGCAGAAGAGAGAGCCAGAUUUGCACCUGCUCGAUGAAUUGAUGACUGCAACAUUCUCCCAGCGAAGACAAGAGAUCAUUGGUGACGAGCCACUCAUUGCUGCAGUCAAGGACAGAUGGCCUGCAUUGUUUAGUGAGAGACAGCUCAGUGCUGAGUUCAGUAGAAUCGUCACCAAAGACCUGCUGGAGUCAUUCCUGGAUGGACUUGAUGCCUUGGUGCCAGAUGUUCUACAGAUGUACGGAGAAGCUGCUGCAUCAGGCAGGAGGGUGCGCCUGAGCAGUGUUCUCAGUUGUCUUCAAAAGGAGGACACGAACCAAAACAAAAGAACAGCUGUCCUACUUGGUCUUCCAUGCUACCUUGCAGAAGAUUCCUCUGACAUAAUCAGGAUGUGUGAUGCUCAUGGUGAAACCCUUGACGUGCUAAUGAGCGGGAUGCAAGUUGGACUGUUGAUUGGACACGAAGGCCCUCUGCAUGAUGCAUUUCCAUUGGAUGUUUUCAACGUGGCUCUGGUAGUAGAGGAGAAGAUCAUCCUACAUGACCUCCGAGAUGUGUCCACAGGCUUUGCCAUGUUACUGGGUGCAAUCUACUGCCUAAACCUUGAGUACCCACGUAAUAUGAAGUAUUCUUUUGAGUUCCUGCAGAGGGUUGUCAUGAACAUUAAACCGGACCAAUGUUCAGCCAGAAUCCAUGGACUCAGAAAUAAACUGCUUAGAUAUCGCAUGUAAACAAAGAAAUGCACUCGUCAAGCAACUACUAGGAGGCAGCAGUUAUUUGGGAAGCUUGCCUUGUUCUUUACACUAGCAUACAGGUUUUCAUCGGCUUAGUUUGUUCAGCACAAGUCAGGUAUGCGUGACAAAUGUGUCACUUGUGAAGUUGAAAAAUCUGAAAUUGUUGAAAAAUCUAAAAUAGUUCAAAUGUGCAAAACAUUUUGAGGUAUAAUGAAAACAAACUUGUUUCGAAUUGUGGUUAAAGAAUCUUUUAGACGUGGAUGUUGAUGUUUUGUAAAGCUCUGCGUAUACCACAUUUUUCCUCUGUACAACUUUGCCAUACUUAUUCUCUCAUUGACAGUUUUAAAAUUGUGUUCAAUUAACACAAAUUUAAGUGAGGAUAAGUAAGUAAGUAUUUAUAAUGUACACCAUUGUUUUUGUUCAUAUGACGAUAUGGACCGGUUAUCUCACUUUUUGCCUCUUAUGACACCUGCCCAUCUGUCCCCCUUUCCCCAGCACUCUCGGUUGUCAACCUCAGUGAGGCCUGUUUUGAUGCCAAGACAUGUUUAAGAUGUAUCAAUGUUCCACAUUGUUCAUAUUCAUGUCGAGAUUUUAUGAUUAUCUGUUUACUAUCUCACAUACCUCAUUGUUCAACCCCACCUCACCUUCUUUCUUUCUACGAGUCCACCCUCUGUCUCGCUGUCUGUCUGCAAGUCCACCCUCUGUCUGUCUGUCAGUCCACCCUCUGUCAGUCCACCCUCUGUCUGUCUGUCUGUCUGUCUGUCCACCCUCUGUCUGUCUGUCUUGUCUGUCUGCAAGUCCACCCUCUGUCUGUCUGUCUUGUCUGCCUGCAAGUCCACCCUCUGUCUGUCUGUCUUGUCUGUCUGCAAGUCCACCCUCUGUCUGUCUGUCUUGUCUGUCUGCAAGUCCACCCUCUGUCUGUCUGUCUGCAAGUCCACCCUCUGUCUGUCUGUCUUGUCUGUCUGCAAGUCCACCCUCUGUCUGUCUGUCUUGUCUGUCUGCAAGUCCACCCUCUGUCUGUCUGUCUUGUCUGUCUGCAAGUCCACCCUCUGUCUGACUGUCUUGUCUGUCUGCAAGUCCACCCUCUGUACAUUACAGAGACAUACAUUGGGUAUGGCAUGUUAAAACCUUUAACUUCUGUUAAAGUUUAUAUAAAUGUAUUUAUAAAAUAAAUGUUCUUGGACAAAUGCAAGAA